CCUUGUUUGCAGGGCAGGCGCCAGGUAAGGGCCCCGCGAGAUAAACACUCGAAACAAAUGGGUCUGUGGUGCGAGCGCGUUGGCGGCUCCUGGACAAUCUUAUUAACUGAGGGUUGCUCGGGGAGUUGAGAAGCUGCCUGACCCAAAGGCUUGACAUAAGCCAGAUGGCUUCGAUUGGUAGGCGCACAGGCUGCCUGGUACUGCAAUUGAUGAUGCUGAAUAGGAGGACCUUUUAUGAUCAGCUGCGGGCACUGAGUAAGACUGCAGCUCUUCUAGGUUCAUGUAGGAAUAAAAAGAGCUGCAAGGUGGUCUUCCCAGAGCACGAACUGAGGAAGCGUUUGACAGCCCAGCAGUACCAUGUGACUCAGGAAAAGGGGACAGAGAGUGCCUUUACAGGAGAGUACACAUUGCACAAAGAUAAAGGGACCUACAAUUGUGUUGUUUGUGGGACUCCCCUUUUUACGUCAACAACCAAGUUUGACUCUGGAUCAGGUUGGCCAUCUUUCUAUGAUGUGCUGGAUUCUAAAGCAAUAACACAGGUAGAUGACUUCGCCCAUGGAAUGCACAGGAUUGAGACAAGUUGCAGCUAUUGUGGUGCACAUCUGGGACAUGUCUUUGAUGAUGGGCCCCGUCCAACUGGUAAACGGUAUUGUAUAAACUCUGCCUCAUUAUCCUUUAUACCCACGGGCCAGAGCUCAACUGAUGAAGGCACCGAUCCUGCCCCAUCUGGCAAGACUGAACUCUAGGCUACAGAGGGCUGAUGGAUGGGGUUAUUACUUCACAAGCCCAUGCUCCAGGGACAAACAUCUUUGUGCAUUUAAAGUAAUAAAGUAACAAGUUAUUUAAACAUACACAAGUAAAGAUCUUCUGUACAAAAGCACUGAACUUAUUUAAAAUGGAUAAGACUAUCCUUGUAAACUUUCUUCUCACAGGAUGUAGAUUGUAACGGAGUAAGUCGAUGAGGCUGGGUUUGUAAACUGUGGGAGUUCUACCAUGUAGCAUAGAAAAUCCAUUGUACUCUUCCAGAGCAGCAUAGCAUGGCACAGGGCAGGCAGGAAAAGCAAGGUAUUAGCAGUUUCCUCGUAAUGUAAUUUGGAGCCUGCCAGGAAUGCCUGACAAUGAAAUGCAAUGGCAAGAGAAAGAAAAGUUCAAGCUUGGGUCACACUGUCCUGAGCAGAGAAAAUCAGGAAAGCUGCAGGAUGUUAUAAGUUUAUGUAUUGUACAUCAGAAUUAAAAUUAUUUUCUUGAAGUGGACAUAUAUUUUCCCUAAUCUUUUACUCAAAACUUGUUUGUAAAAAUACUAUUGUCUUAAUAAAAAAAAAAGUAAUAUGGAA